GCUGCACUUGUUCCGUUAGCAGCUUGCAGCGGCCAUUUCAAAGAGACCAUCACAAAGACGAGAGAGAGAUCAGAGAAGCACCUGUUCCCAAGAUGCUGGCACCCUGCCCUCUGAGAAGAACGGUUCUUAUAUUUCCUUUAGUUUUUGUGGUUGCACUACUGCUCUCAAAGCCUGUCAGAUCUGAUCAGGAAGCAGGAACAGCCAUACCAGCUGAAAGUCGCCCCUGUGUUGAUUGCCACGCAUUUGAGUUCAUGCAGAGGGCUCUGCAGGAUUUAAAGAAAACAGCUUAUAAUCUAGAUACACGGACAGAAACUCUGCUUCUUCAGGUGGAAAAGAGAAAUCUGUGCGACUGUGUAGCUGCAAGUCUGCUGAACUGAGUCCUGGAGGCCAGCUAAGGAGUGUCACCUGUUCUGCUGUUUUUAAACUGCA